ACGUUAAUUCACAGCGUUAAGCCCUAGGGCAACACCAGGUAGACGAGUCAAUCGUGAGGGGUGAGAGAAUCACUCAGUCUCUGUGUGCACAAUAAGCUAAGUGUUUCUCUGAACGUGGGGAGAAUAGGCCUGGUCUUCCUCGUCAGCUCACGACAUCGAAUAGUGACGACAAUUUAAGGAGUUUCAAUGAUGGACAAAAAUGUGGGCGUGUCAAUCUCUAGCGGUUAUUAAUCAGUGCAACUCUCUGAUAUAAAGCAAGCGCUGGCGAUACAUGUGCAAACCGCAGUGCACGUGUGUGGAUCAAGCACUAUGGCUGAGACGACGGGAAGCUGUGUUUCUCUAUAUAUCGCCACCGGCGUUGUCACCGUCACAGUACUACUGUUGUACAUACGCCGAGCAAAGAGCAGCCCUGCGGAGCCCCACCCCCGGGAUACCGUGAUGCUGCACCAGCUGGGUAAAGGCGUCCACGCCCCUAGCAUCAGCCCCUUCGUCCUCAAACUCGAGACAUACCUCAGGAUGUCCAACAUACCAUACAAGAAUCUGUUCGACAAAAAAAUGUCCAGCAAAGGGAAAACUCCCUGGAUUGAAUACAACGGAGAGCAAGUCCCAGACUCCGAAUUCUGUAUAGAAUACCUCAAUGCCAAGUUUAAUGUGGAUCUGAACUCCAAAUUUAGCCAAUCAGACAGAGCCAUAGGUAGAGCGUUCCGAAAACUGGCAGAGGAAGAUGUCUAUUGGUAUAUUGGUCUUUCAAGAUGUGUGUAUGAUAGGCACAGGACUAUAUUCUCUCGGCUUGGUCUAAGAUGGCUGAUAAGAAAAAUAUUAGAGCGGAAGGCGUUGACGAGCGCAUGGCAUCAUGGGAUAGGACGGCACUCAGAGACGGAAGUGACGCACAUUGCAGUUGGAGACUUGAAGGCUCUGUCCGACUUCAUAGGUGACAAAAGGUUCCUACUCGGAGACACCCCGUGCCAGGAGGACUGUGCAGUGUUCGGGAUCCUGGCCCAGGUGGUGUGGCAGAUGCCCGGAUCAGACGGAGAGAGAGCAGUUAACGAAAAAUACGCCAACCUGAGACGAUACUGCGUGAGAAUAAAAGACAAGUAUUGGCCGGAUUGGGAUGACAGGGUAUUGGAAAGUGUAUGACGUCAACAUCAGACAAUUGACGGUGUGAAUGACGCCCAAUUAUAAAUGAUGGAUCUAACCAUCUUGGUGUUCAGACGCUGUACGCGUAAGAUAUUGUGCUUCACAGCGGAUGUCUAAUAAAGGCCGGUAGUAUUGUCGAAUGUUGCUGACAACAGUACCAGCUGAUGAUGCUUCUGGCGAGGACCUAAUGAGUGUUUCUGACAAAAGAACAGCGGAAACAGUCGCAGUGAGGACAGUAGACUGACUACUAUAGCAGUGAAAGCGCUUAUCACUGCGCUGGAUACAGCGAGAUUUAUGUGUAUAUGUUUGAUGUAAAAAAUGUUGAAUGAUCUGUAUUUUGUUUUAGUGCUUGAAACUUAUGUCAUGAUUGAGAGAUCUGAGUGAAGAAUACAGUGAAGCCCUGUUUGUCUAUGCCGUUUGCAUAGGUAAUUGUCGUUAUUCCACAUAUUUUAUCACCCAGACGUUCUUAUUGGUAACGACACCGUACGGAUUAACGGGGCUUAACUGUAUGAGAAUUGUUUGUGUGCUGGUUGUUUAUUUUAACACAUUUAAGCAAAUUAUCUUUUUUCGUGAAAAAAACAAAAUGGAGGACUCUGUGCAUUUACCUGUAUUUGUAUUCAUUUUUGUAAGAAAUAAAACAUCAACAUAUUGUAAUAUGCCUUAUCAAAGAUAA